CCGCCGCGGUGCCGUGCAUCAUUCUGCAUCAACUCGCAUCCCCGCGCAGCUCCCGUCCCCGCUCACGAUUUCGUACGCGGUGCUAAAAAUAGAACGACGACGACUUGAGAUAGCUGAUCAAUGUCACAAAGAACGACAACGAGAAGAAGAACCCCAAUUCUUUGGUGGGGCCUCGGAAUCGCGGCCGCGACGGCAGUGGGUGUCGCGACGUGGUGGAUCGCGUCGAGAGCAGCCGGUGCCGGUGAUCCGGAAUCCUCGCCGAGAGCGGAAGAAUCAGAUCGGAGCGCGAGGCGGAAAGGGAAGAAGAAGAAGAUGGUAGUGAUCGUGAUACAAGACGUACGUUCACCCUUCCUUCCCCUUCCCCUCUCCCGUUGUCUCUCGAACGGGAUACUGAUCACAAGACCGCAACAGGAAGAAGCACUGAACCACAUCCCACCAAUCCUCCACCCUCACACCUCCGACCUCCUCCUCCUAGCCCCACACACCCUCCCCUCCACCUCCCUCGCCCACGCACAAACUCUCCUCCCCUCCCCCCACAACCUGAUCCAAUACCAAAACAAGACAGGGGCGGGUGUGCCAUCAAUUAUCAGGCAUUUGGGACCUGAUGUCGUGGUGUUCUUGGGUGGGGGUGGGGAGUGGGUUGAGGAGGUGAAGCAGUGGGUGGGACGGGUUGUUGUUGUUGAUGAGGAGGGGGAGGGUGGGAGGAGGGGAAAUGUGGAGGUUGUGAAGGCGUGGCCGGGGGAUGGGGAGGAGGGGGUGGGGUGGUGGAUGGCGAGGGUGUGAAGGAAGCGAAGGAAUGGGAACGGCUUGGGAUUAGGGACUGGUGUUUAGUGGUUAUGCAAUUGGUUUUGGAUACUCGGGCAAAGGUAAGAGACAUCGUACGAGAGAGUGU